GAUGUCAAUGAAUUCAAAUCUAUGCGUCUUAACACAAAAAAUUGGACGUUUUUUACUUAUCGGUUUAAAUAGACCAGAGAAAGGUAAUUUAAUAAAUCAAACAACUGCUUCAAUGUUAAAUGAUAUAUUAUACAACCAAUUUGAUAAAGAUGAUAAUAUUAUUGGUGGUGUAUUAUAUGGUGAAGGAAAAGAUUUUUGUUUGGGUUUGGAUAUGGAAGAAUUAACGGAUUAUAUAAAACAAAAUCCAACUUGUGAUAAUACAUCAUUGAAUAGACUUUAUUCAUGUUUAUCUAUAGAUUCUACUAAAUUGACAUUUUCAAAGCCGCUUAUUGCAGCAAUUGCUGGGAAAGCUAUCGGUGCUGGUUUAGAACUAGCAUUAGCAUGUGAUCUACGUGUUGCCGAGAUCGAUUCCAUAUUGAGUUUACAUAAACGAAAACAUUGUAUACCAAUGAUGAAUAUGGGUACAAUACGUUUACCAGGAUUAAUAGGUUUGUCUCGUUCUCUUGACAUGAUACUAACUGGACGUGAAUUGCAUGCCAAUGAAGCUUUGGAUUUUGGAUUAGUUAAUCGUGUUACUCCAACUGGAACUGCUAUUGGUGUUUCAGUGAAAAUGAUUGAUGCUAUAUAUCGACUACCUGGAUUAUCCGCUUUAUACGCUGACAGAUCUAAUGCAAUACGAGCUAGUCAAUAUUCCAUGAAUUCAGAAUUGGCAAAAAUGGAGUAUACAGAAGCUAUAAAUGCAUUUAGAAAUGAAGGAAUUAAUGUGAUUAAUGAAAAACUAUCGGAUAAACCAACGACGGAACGUGAAUGUAAUGGAAAGUGAACAACAUAAGUGAAUGUUUCUUGUUAUAUUACAAUUUAUUUUUAUAGGGAUGUUUGUUUUAUAAUAAGAUCUAUAUAUAUACAUACAAUUCAUAGUGUAUAGUGUUUAUUUUAGUUAAAUCUAUUCUAAAAUAAACGGCGGCCUAUUCAAA